AUGACUCCACCUAGCUCGAACGCGCUGCAGGAGAGGGAUCACAAUGUCAGCUACAAGGACCAGAGCACCAACACACUCGACGCUGCCUUCGCACGCGAAACGAACGAGCUCCUGCCAACCUCAAACUUCACAUCCCAGAAUCUAGAUGCGUUCCUGCGCGUAAAGGGUCCUGCUGCUGGUGGACACAACGCUGGCUUCUAUGCUGCGUUUGUCUUCUUUGAGAAAAUGAGGUUGCGUGACGGCAAGGACAAGAGCAAGAAGAGGCAGGAGCUAGAGAAACUAUAUCAGAAGAAUCACAUGGGCGCGGCAGGCUUCCCCAGGGAGAGCUUCCACAAGAAUGAAGGCUUGUUGUGUGCCAAAGGUGGCAGUUGGACGAUGGAUCAAUACGGGAAGGUCCAUCUGCGGCGUGGUGGUACUGGAAAGGUUGAUGUACUGCAGUAG